CUCACACCUUUCUUUCCUCUUUGCUCAUCCCAUCCCCACCACCGCUCUUUCAUCUUUCACUCCUCCGCAGCUCUCCGUUGCCUUUCUUACCCUUUCUUUAUUUUGUUUUCGCUCUCUUUCAUAUCUCUUUCAUCCCUUUAACUGAUUCUCACCCCAGAGCAGCAUGACUACCCGCGUAUACCUGGGUCAUCUCGCAAGAGAUGCCUCCGACAGAGACGUCGAGGGUCUCUUCAAGAACUACGGGCGGAUCCGCGAGGUGACCCUGAAAAACGGGUUUGGAUUCGUCGAAUUCGCAGAUGCAAAGGACGCGGAAGAUGCUGUGCAUGACUUUCAUAGCAAGGAAUUCAUGGGCGAGAGACUGGUCGUGGAACUUGCCCGGGGCGACCGCAGACGUGAAGGACGCAAGGAUGACCGAGACGGAAGAUUCGGUCCACCAGAGCGCACCGAGUUCCGUCUCAUUGUCGAAAAUUUGGCUCAUGGCACCAGCUGGCAGGAUAUCAAGGAUUUGAUGCGCAAGGCUGGUGAGGUUACAUUUGCCGAUCUGAGCAAGGAGCGCGAUGAUGAAGGAGUGGUUGAGUUCUCGUCUGAGAAGGACGUCCAGAUGGCGCUCAAGAACUUGGAUGGCGAGAACCUGAGAGGCAAACCCAUCUCCCUUCGCUUGUUCGACCCUGCGCGCGACAGCAUCCCUCGCGACAUGGGCCGUGGACGCGAUCGUGACCGUGAUCGCGGCGAGUUCGGUCGCGAGCGCCGUGAGCGCGAUCGAUAUGAUGGACGUGAAGAACGUGAGCGCCGUGAACGCGAUCGUCGUGGAAGGUCCCGCUCCCGUAGCCGUGACCGAAAGCGAUCGCACAGCCGAGAGCGUCGUCGUUCGCGUAGCAGAGACCGUACUGGCCGGUCUGAUCGUGACAGAGAGAGAGACCGUGGCGGUCGAUCGGACAGGGAUAGAGAGCGAGAUCGCGGAGGCCGUCGACCAUCGCGUAGCCCUGUCCGCAGCAAAAGUCCUGUGCGUCGACGCUCUCGCUCCAUGAGCAGGGAUUGAAAAAACGUGUAGCCGAACUGGGCGUAGCCGAACGGACAUUGGGGACCUUGAAAAAAAAAAAAAAAAAAAAAA